CAACUUUUCUUUAUCGAUUCACUUCUAAAACAAUCACAACCACUUCUCAAUAAUUUUUAAUGGCUUCUUCAUCCCAUUAUCAUUAUCAUAAAGAUGAUGAUGAUGAGAUCGAUCUUGAUACUCCUUAUGAAGAAUUUUAUAACAAUUGUGCUCUCGUACAAGAACCAGAAGAUAGACAACGCCGUAAUGUUCAUGAAAGACACCGGGAAGAAGGCCACACCUUACUUUGGAAUGAUUAUUUUGCCGACAAUCCAACUUACUCUCCCGCUCUUUUCCGCCGACGGUUUCGAAUGAACAAAAGUUUGUUCCUGCGUAUUGUGAAUCGUUUCUCAACAGAGAUUCCGUAUUUUCGACUAUCAGAAGAUUGUACCGGACGGACAAGUCUCACACCUCUACAAAAAUGUACUGCAGCAAUUCGACAAUUGGCAUACGGUGCUGCGGCGGACUCGGUGGACGAAUAUAUCCGUCUAGGCGAAUCAACAGCUCGAAAAUGUUUGCACAAAUUUACCGCCGGAAUAAUAACCUUGUUUGGCGAAGAAUAUCUACGACGUCCAUCACAGGAGGAUCUGCAAAGACUACUACAUAUCGGAGAACAACGUGGAUUUCCGGGGAUGCUUGGAAGCAUCGACUGUAUGCAUUGGGAGUGGAAGAAUUGCCCCACGGCUUGGAAAGGAAUGUACUCACGAGGAACCGGAAAACCGACAAUUGUGUUGGAGGCGGUAGCUUCGUAUGACCUAUGGAUAUGGCACGCGUUUUUUGGAGCACCAGGUACUAUGAACGAUCUAAAUAUUCUUGAUCGAUCACCUGUUUUUGACGAUAUUAUUAAUGGCAUCGCGCCAGAAGUGAACUUCUAUGUUAAUGAUAAUCAGUACCAUUUCGGAUAUUAUCUCACUGAUGGUAUUUAUCCGAAAUGGGCGGCUUUUAUUCAAUCUAUUCGACUACCACAAAAUCAGAAGCAUUCAUUAUUUGCUCAAACCCAAGAAUCAGUUCGAAAAGAUGUCGAGCGUGCCUUCGGAGUCCUUCAGGCUAGAUUUGCCGUUGUCAAAAAUCCGUCAAAGUUAUGGGAUAAAGAGAAAAUAGGAAAUGUUAUGAGAGCAUGUAUCAUACUCCAUAAUAUGAUUGUCGAAGAUGAACGGUCAUCAUUCACUCAGUAUAACAAAUUUGAGUUUCAACCAAGAGAAGUUCCGGAUACAUUUACCGUCAACAUGCCUUCGAAUAUCAGUGAAAAUGUCGGCACUACAAUGGAUCGUCGAACAAGGCUUCGGAAUAGACAAAUCCAUGAAAACUUAAAACACGAUUUGAUUGAAAAUAUAUGGGCUAAAUUUGGACAUCUUCCGAAUAAUAUGUAAUUUUAAGUUUUUAUGAAUAAAUUGUCAGUGUUUUAAUUUCUGAACUUUGUAUUUUUUUUCCACUAAUAAAAUGUUUGUAAUUUUAAAACCAAGUUUAAAAAAAAAUUUAUAAACCUAAGGACCUAUCAAAAGUCCCACCCAUAAUCAACAUUUUAACAAAAGUCCUUAACCAAAGUCCUAAACUACAUAAACUAAUUAAAUACUCUAAGGACCAUUCUAAAAGUCCUAUUGAUGCACUUGCUCUAAUGAAGCUAAUUUUGAUUUCUUGUCGCGCCACGCACAAUUCUCUUUUAUUUUUAACUUAAAAUAAAUAAAAAAUCAGACACUGACUCGCACUAAUCAACUGCUAUCACACGCUGUCCACACCUAACUACAAAGUACAUUAGUUUACAAAAGUACCCUUCUAACAGUUAUGAGUUCUACUUAAAAGUGCUAUAAAUCCACUGUGUCUCGUCGGCGCUAAGCUUCCGGCGGAUUAUAAGAUACCCAGAUUCACUUAUUUAGGCACCAAAAAAAAAACAGUAAUACCAAAUUAAAAUUAAAAUCUAAAGGAGUAGUACAUUGACUGACUGACUGACCAAGCAAAA